AUCUUUUGUAACAUUCUCUGCCGUUUGCUUGAUAUAUAUAGAUUCAAGAAAUGAAAUUUGAUUGGCAUAAUAGGAAGAAUUACCAAAGGAAAGGAUUUGUAUUUGUUUUGUCCAGCAAAACUUACCGUUUACAGAGGUUUCCACCUUCCAACGAAAAAACCCGAUGCGCCCGCCCUCUAAUUUUGCGCCACCAGAGGAACCCCAAAAACCAGUCGUAGUUGUAGUAGCGGGGUUUUGGCUCUCGUUUAAAUACUGGUGCCUGCUGUCUUCAACCAGACGCUGCGUUUCCUGCACUGAUCCCAUUUCAAGCUUUCAACUUUCUCACAUUGACGGACAACCUGUCGCAAGGCAGUUGAAAUUUCUUAGUGUUAGUUAACGGUCGUUUCUGGCCUUAGGAUGGCGGAGAAGCAGCUGAUCGUCGCCGUUGAAGGCACCGCGGCCAUGGGGCCGUACUGGUCAACCGUUAUAUCUGAUUACCUUGAUAAGAUAAUCAGGUGUUUUUGUGGAAACGAGUUGAAUGGGCAGAAGCCCUCUACUUCUACUGUUGAGCUCUCCCUGGUCACCUUCUAUACUCAUGGAUCGUAUUGUGGUUGCCUGGUACAACGGAGUGGCUGGACAAGGGAUUUAGAUCUAUUCUUACAAUGGCUUUCAGCUAUACCCUUUUCUGGGGGUGGUUUUAGUGAUGCUGCAAUUGCGGAAGGGCUUUCUGAAGCUCUAAUGAUGUUCCCUACUGUUCAAAAUGGAAACCAAAAUCAACAAAAUGUGGAUUGUCAGAAGCAUUGCAUACUUAUUGCUGCUAGUAACCCUCACCCCUUGCCCACACCAGUGUAUCGACCACAACUGCAAAAUUUGGAGCAGAAUGAAAGUAUUGACGCACAAACAGAAAACCGUCUUUAUGAUGCUGAGGCUGUUGCUAAAUCAUUUCCACAGUGCUCUGUUUCGCUGUCAGUCAUUUGUCCAAAACAGCUACCUAAACUCAGAGCAAUUUAUAAUGCGGGAAAGCGCAACCCCCGGGUGGCAGACCCACCAAUUGAUAAUGCAAAAAACCCCCAGUUUCUUGUUUUAAUCUCAGAGAACUUUAUGGAGGCCCGUGCUACUUUAAGUCGUCCUGGAAGUACAAAUUUGCCCUCGAAUCCGAGUCCUGUGAAAAUGGACAUAGCUCCUGUUGCUUCAGUUACAGGGCCGCCUCCAACUUCUAUGCCAUCUGUGAAUGGAUCUGUUAUGAAUCGGCAACCAGUUGCUGUUGGAAAUGUGCCUCCUGCUACUGUAAAAGUUGAGCCAAGUACUGUAAGUUCCAUGGUAGCUGGACCUGCGUUUCCACAUAUUCCAUCUGUCCGUCCUCCUUCCCAGGGAGUCCCAAGCUUGCAGACUUCUUCACCAUCUUCUGCUUCUCAAGAGAUGACCACAAAUAAUGAGAAUGUGCCAGAUUUGAAACCUGUAGUGAGUGGUGUGACACAUCCCUCACGUCCUGUUGGUAGCAUCCUCAACAAUAUCUCUCAAGCACGCGUGAUGAACUCAGCAGCCUUAACUGGAGGAACUUCUAUAGGACUCCAAACUAUGGGUCAAAAUCCUAUGGCCAUGCAUGUAUCAAACAUGAUAUCUAGUGGAAUGGCAUCUUCAGUGGGUGCUGCUCAAAACGUGUUUUCAUCUUCAGGGUCUGGCACUCUUACACAGGUUGCACAGAACUCAGGUCUUAGUUCAUUUACUUCAGCUAAUUCUAAUGUGUCUGGAAAUAAUAACCUUGGGAUUUCGCAACCAAUGAGUAACCUUCAAGGUGGUGUUAGUAUGGGUCAAUCUGUACCUGGCAUGAGCCAAGGAAAUCUCUCGGGACCACAAAUGGUUCAAAGUGCAAUUGGCAUGAACCCUAACAUGAUGAGUGCCCUUGGUUCAUCAGGUUCCUCCUCUGGAACUGGUACCAUGAUUCCUACUCCAGGAAGGCCUCAACAGGUGCAAGCUGGGAUACAGUCACGUGCAAACAAUAGUUCAGCACCUAAUGUACCGUUGUCACAACAGACAUCAAGUGCUCUGCAAUCUGCACAAUCCAAAUAUGUGAAAGUCUGGGAGGGAAAUUUAUCUGGGCAGAGACAAGGGCAACCUGUAUUUAUCACCAGAUUAGAGGGUUACAGGAGUGCUUCAGCUUCUGAGACGCUUGCAGCAAACUGGCCACCAACAAUGCAAAUAGUCAGGCUCAUAUCUCAGGACCACAUGAAUAACAAGCAAUAUGUUGGAAGGGCAGACUUUCUUGUUUUUCGGGCAAUGAAUCAGCAUGGGUUUCUUGGGCAGUUGCAAGAAAAGAAGCUUUGUGCUGUGAUCCAAUUGCCCUCUCAGACACUACUGCUCUCUGUUUCUGACAAAGCUUGCCGCUUGAUUGGAAUGCUUUUUCCUGGGGAUAUGGUUGUGUUUAAGCCACAAGUAGGUGGUCAGCAACAACAGCAGCAACAAAUGCAACAGCAGCAACCACAACAGCAUCCACAGCUACAGCAGCAGCAGCAGCAUCCACAGCUACAACAACAACAACAUCCACAGCUUCAGCAGCAGCAGCAGCAGCUGCAACAACAGCAACAGCAUCCUCAGAUGCAACAACAGCAGCAGCAGCAGCAGCAUCCUCAGAUGCAACCACAACAGCAGCAGCAUCCUCAGAUGCAACAACAGCCGCAGCAGCAUCCUCAACUGCAACAACAGCAGCAGCAGCAUCCUCAACUGCAACAACAGCAACAAAUUCCACAACUGCAGCAACAACAGCAGCAGCAGCAACAGCAGCAACUUCCACAGCUGCAACAACAGCAGCAGCUUCCGCAGCUGCAACAGCAGCAGCUCUCACAGCUACAAUCACAACAACAGCUUCCACAAUUGCAGCAACUGCAGCAACAGCACCAACAACAGCAGUUGGUUGGGACAGGAAUGGGCCAAGCUUAUGUUCAAGGCCGGUCGCAAUUAGUUUCACAGGGACAAGUUCCCUCACAAGGGCCCAAUAUGCCUGGAGGAGGCUUUAUGGGUUAAACAAACAAGAGCUUCGACUUAUUACAAAUACUUGUAGACUGGCAUGUGAAGAACUUAAUUAUCAGCCAAGUAUAACCUCAAAUUAUCACAGUUUUACUUAUGAUUUUUAGAGGCCUCUCUUCUUAAAUGAGAAUUUAUACCUUUACGCAUCUUGACAUAGCUCUUUACCAAUACCUAAUCCUGGUUAAGUGUGCAAGUUUUUAUCCCAUGAAUAAGGCCAUACCUUUUUGUCUUCUGCAGAAA